UGGAACUUGAUAGCCCAUUCGAUAUAUUCUUUUAAAGUAGAUGAAAGUAACGUUCAUUACUCAAAAAUAUCUCGCAUUCAAACCUACCUGGAGUCAAAAUGAUAUCGUGUAUAGUUGAGAAGUGCGUAUGGAUAGGUAUGUCACCGAAUUUACUGUAUGGACAUCUCAAACGAAUGCAUAUGCAAUUAGAUUCUUUCAAGUGUAAUGUAGGAACAUGUGAUAGAACCUACUCUGUGCUUGCCACAUUUCGUUUGCACCACAGAAAACAUUUUCUACAGUAUCAAACAUUACAUGCGAACAGAGAACAAACGAGUUCACAAGAGAAGAAUAAUAAACAAACUAUUCAAUCGAAGAUGGAAAUAAAUGACCAUCACCACAAAGAAAAUCUACCACGUAAAAUGAUCAUAGAAAUACAAAAAGAUGUACAAAAGUAUUUUAUUGAACCGAUGAUUGCAGUAUUUGAAGAAGUAUCCGCAGGUGGACAAGAAAAUGAUUUAACAGAGCGAGUUUUAAAUGAGUUCAAUUCAACAAGCAACUAUGAAUCUGAAUACAUGCUCAUUCAACAAUUGAAACAAAAAGAUUUGUUCUGCGACCCAAUAAUGUUCAACAUGAACAAUGAGCUCCAAGGCAAUUCUUUUGGCAAUCUGGAGCUGAAGGUUGAAGAUCAAAUCGAAGGAGUUCUAAUGCCUCUCAAAUUCCUAUUGAGAAAAUAUAUAGAAUCACCUGGCUAAUUUGACUGCAUAGUAAAGAAUUUGAAUCCAUCGGAUGACGGCGUAUAUCGAUCAUUGAUAGAUGGCCAAGUUUGGAAAAGAAGAAGACAAUUGUUUAAGGAUAAAAUAGUUAUUCCGGUUAACGUAUACUUUGAUGAUUUUAACACUAGCGAUACAGCAUCAAAUCACGCCGCAGCGACUUCAAUUUGUGGAAUAUAUUUGAAUGUACCAUGUUUGCCCGCAUAUUUGUUGAGUAAACGCAACAACAUUUUAAUUGCUGGCUUCGUGAAAACUAUCGAUAGAAAAUAUAACGACAACGCUGAAUUAUUUUGUAAACUGAUUGAUACAUUGAUUGAAUUAGAAAAAGAAGGAUUGGUUAUUACUUCCAAAAAUGAAAAGAAAAGGAUCUAUUUUGCGUUAGGUUUCGAUCUCGGAGACAAUCUGAGAAUCAAUGGUAUCACAGACUUCGUCGAGUCAUUCCGAGCAACAUAUUUUUGUCGAGUAUGUAAACGGACACGAGAACAAACAGAAGAUGACUGUGUGGAACAUUUAAACAGCCUUCGAGAAGCUCGCACUUACAAACUUGAUCUUGAUCGUCAAAAUAAAUCUAUCACCGGAUUGAAUGAAGAGUGUAUGUUCCACAGAUUAUCCUACUUUCACGUUUGUGAUAAUUUUGUGUUUGACGCAAUGUAUGAUGUACUAGAAGGCGUGUUAGUAUACAAUCUUCAACAUUGUCUAUAUCAUUUCAUAAUCAAAAAGCAAUAUCUAAGUACAGACGCUCUGAAUCGACAAAAAAUACAUUUGUUUACAAAGAUUUGAAUUCGAGUAAUAUCCCAAAUGAUUUUGUUGAAAAUAAGAUCAAAAACAAAUAAAUCAAAAUGACUGCUAGUGAGAUGAAAACGUUUUGGACGUUCUUACCACUUAUAUUUGGAAUUAUGAUACCUGAAGAAGAUCUGGUGGGGAAUUUUGUUAAAAUAACUCUAAAACU